UCUCAUUUAGUAGUAUUGCAUCAUCAAUAUGUGUUUUACUGUGGCACACAUGGUAGACUAUUAGCAAUAAAAGUUCCAAUUUUUAAGUUUUUAUGGUGAUAUGAAGUUAAGAAUAUAAAAAUUUGCAUAAGAUAUAAAAAUGGCGCCAAAAAACAAAGAAAAUACAUCUGGAAAUAAAAAGAAAAGACAAAUUUCUGAAGAAGAAGAUGAUGAAGAUUAUCGAAGACGUAGAGAUAGAAAUAAUCAAGCUGUAAAACGUUCUAGAGUUAAAAGCAAAUUACGUACCCAACAAACAUUGGAACGUGUAAAUCAAUUAAAAACAGAGAAUGAAUUACUUGAAGAAAAAAUUAAAAUGCUUACAAAAGAAUUAGGAUUUUUGAAAGAUCUUUUUCUUGCACAUGCAGGUUCAAGUCAACAUUCUGUAAAUUUUCAAGAUAUAGACUUGAAUGCUCUUUUGGCUGAAGAUACAAAAUCUAUGGAACAAAUGAAAGAAGUGUCUAAACCAUAGAUCAUAAUAAAUUCCACGUGAAAUAAGUAACGUGGUAUUGAU